AUGGCUAGCCGACAGGAAGGGACCUCGUCCCGUGGCACUCGGAGGAGUGGCCGCAAUAUUGGAAGCUUUGUCAUAGAUAAGGAAAUCGGCAAAGGCAGUUUUGCGCAAGUCUAUAUGGGAUGGCACAAGGAGUCCAAAGCCGCCGUCGCCAUCAAAUCCGUCGAGUUGGAGCGUCUCAACAAGAAGCUCAAGGAGAAUCUCUACGGCGAGAUCCAGAUCCUCAAGACUCUGCGCCACCCCCACAUAGUUGCCCUACACGACUGCGUCGAAUCCUCUACACACAUUAACCUCAUCAUGGAAUACUGCGAGCUUGGCGACUUGUCCCUUUUUAUCAAGAAGCGAGACAAGCUCAUCACACACCCCGCGACCCAUGAGAUGGCCCGCAAGUACCCCUGCGCACCCAACUCUGGCUUGCACGAGGUUGUCAUCCGCCACUUUCUCAAGCAGCUCACCAGUGCCCUCGAGUUUCUCCGCGCCAAAAACUACGUCCAUCGAGAUGUUAAGCCCCAGAAUCUGCUUUUGUUGCCGUCCCAAGCGUUUAGAGAAGAACGGGCCUUGCCCAUAAUGGAGGCUAGCCGGGAUUCCCUUAUUCCCGUUUCUGGUCUUGCCUCUCUGCCCAUGCUCAAGCUCGCCGACUUUGGCUUUGCUCGAGUUUUGCCAUCAACCUCUCUCGCUGAUACUCUCUGUGGCUCACCACUGUACAUGGCCCCAGAAAUUCUUCGCUACGAACGGUACGACGCCAAGGCCGACCUGUGGUCUGUCGGUACCGUGUUGUACGAGAUGAUUACAGGACGACCGCCCUUCCGAGCUAGGAAUCACGUUGAGCUGCUCCGCAAGAUAGAAGCUGCGGAGGAUGUCAUCAAAUUUCCUAGAGAAGUCGUCGUCACACCUGAUCUCAAAGCUCUUGUUCGCGCUCUGCUGAAGCGAAGCCCCGUGGAGCGCCUGAGCUUCGAAAAUUUCUUCACCCAUCACGUUGUUACUGACGAUAUUCCGGGCCUUGUCGAGGAUGAUGUACCAAAGCCGCCCAAGCGGGAGCGGGAGCGGGAGCUGGAGACAAUUCGCCAAGGGGAGACCAUGUCAUCGUCGCCUCGCACGCAGAUGGCCAGGCAGCCGAGUAACGAUCCUAGGGACAUGCGCUCGUCACCCAAGUCUCCACGCGAUUCACCACGCUCAUCUGUUGUAGGUAGCCCCGCUGAUGUGAGCCGAAGACGCCAUAGCCAAAAUGCCGAGCGUCCUCGUCUAAGCAUAUCGCCCCGCGAUAAUGGACAGGGUCUCGGUAUCCAACGACCUGGGCCACCAAUUCAGUCACACUCAACCCCCAACCAUCCCAGAGCAGCCGAUCGGAGUGGACGCGAGCUGCAGCCAUCAUCGUUGCGAGUAGCGCGGCAGCCGUCUGAUAUAUCUCUAUCAGAAGAGGAAAAGGCUGCCCAAGACGUCAUGUUUGAGAGAGACUAUGUCGUCGUUGAGCGCCGGCACGUCGAGGUCAACGCACUGGCUGAUGAGCUGGCUGCCAAUGAGAAGCUUGGUCAAAACAACGCAUCCAUAAGGUCGAGCCCCAUGCAGAGGAGGUAUACUCAGCAAGGCUCGUCUACAUCCACAACCGGUGCUAUUCCGACGCCUGCCUCACGGACAGCGCUUGUGGCCCAAGGACGCGCCGGCCAGGACCGCCGUUCCUCGUACGAGAAGGCGCUUUCAGCUAGUCCCGGAUCUGCCUCAAGCGCCAUUUCCAAGGCGAUUCAAGACGCCAGUCUUCGUCUUUUUGGUUACAAGGUCAAUCCCAUACGCCAAAGAGGUACAUCGCCACCUCUCUAUCAGCCUUUUCCUGCAUACCCCACCCCGACAUCAGCUGGACUCCUGGGCGACGGUAAGACCUCCCAGGCGUCUGACGAGGAUGCCAAGUCUGCACAGGCUAUCGAGGAAUUUGCGACUAGGAGUGACUGUGUGUACGGUUUCGCCGAAGUCAAGUACAAGCAGCUGGUCCCAAUGGCCCCAUCCGUGGACUAUGGUCUUGGCGGUCUCGUCCCCGACGAGGUUGUCAACGAGGACGAUGGUCUGACCGUGGAUGCUACGGUGCUUUUGUCCGAGGAAGCCCUAGUCCUCUACGUCAAAUCCCUGACACUUCUUGCGCGUGCUAUGGAUAUUGCCAGCCUGUGGUGGUCUAGGAAAUCUCGCGCCGAAUCAGCAAUUGUCCCGCAGACGCUUGUGCAGCGCAUUAAUGCCGUGGUUCAGUGGGUUCGUCAGCGCUUCAACGAAGUCUUGGAGAAGUCUGAGGUUGUUCGCCUGAAGCUUACCGAGGCGCAAAAGCUGCUUCCCGAGGACCAUCCUGGGCACCCCUCCCACCAAGACGAGGAUUCGAUCGCGUCCUCCCCUGGUGGCACAAAGCAAGUGUACCUUACGCCGGGCAUCAGCGCCGAAAAGCUCAUGUACGACCGAGCGCUCGAGAUGAGUCGCGCAGCCGCGAUUGACGAAGUGACGAAUGAAAACUUGCCUGGUUGCGAGAUUUCGUACCUCACUGCGAUCCGCAUGCUCGAAGCCGUCUUGGACAGUGACGACCCUGCUGGCCACAGAAUAUCCUCUGGCAAGGAGCCGGUCAGAGAUGCCACACAAGAGGGCGGCGAUUUGGACACAGAAGAGGAGGCUCAUGUACGAAAAAUGAUUACAAUGAUAACAGGACGACUUAGCAUGGUGCGCAAGAAGCAGCAGAUGAUUGCUGAAGCCAACAACAAGACGCAACAUAUUUCUGCCGUCCGACGACUCAGCGGCGACGUGACUCCGCGGAGUGUGCCGUCGAACGGCUCAACAUGA